AUGCAGCCCCAAAUAAAAAAAUGUGAAACUAUGGAGAAAAUAAUAAAAGAAACAGAAAAAAUAAAAACACAAAUAGAAGCAAAACAUAACCGUAUUGUUCCUAAUGUGCAUGCACCACCAGCAGCAGCAACAGCAGCAGCAGCAGCAGCAGCAGCAGCAGGAGCAGCAGCAGCAGAAGGAGAUACAGCAGCAGCAGCAGCAGGAGAAACUGCAGCAGCAGCAGAAGGAGAUGCAGCAGGAGCCUCGAACUCUCACCAGCAGCAACCGCAGCACCAGCAGCAGCAGCAGCAGCAGCAGCAGCAGCAGCAGCAGCAGCAGCAGCAGCAGGAGCAGCAGGAGAGAAACAGCAGCAGCAGCAGAAGGAGGUGCAGCAGGAGCCUCGAACUCUCACCAACAGCAACCGCAGCACCAGCAGCAGCAGCAGCAGCAGCAACAGCAGCAGCAGCAGCAGCAGCAGCAGGAGCAGCAGGAGGAUGA